UUCUUUUCAAAGUAGCCAUAAUCUAAGCCACUCUUCCAACAUGAAGAAAAAGGUCUUUAAAUAUAUGGUGAUGCCUUGCUUCAAAAUUCAAGUCCUUCCCUAGAAAAAGAGAGAAAAGUAAUGGCUGCAGCUUCUGCCUUUCCCGAUGCUUUUUCCUGGAUUCAGAACCUUCCACCAGUCAAUCAAUGGCGAACAACCUGUCUUUCUUUAUGUUUAAGUUCUUCAUCAGCUUCGUAUCAACAACCAUCACUCAAUCUCACCAUAUCAAAAAGCAACCAAAACCCAACUUUUUGUUUCGCCAUUGUUGCAAGUAUCAACCUUCCUAUCUAUCUUUGGACCUCAAAACCAGUCAAGUUCAGCUCCAAUUCAUUUAAGUUGCUACAUGAAGAUACCAUAUUGUCUCUUUUGGUUAAUCUCAUUGAAGAAGUCCUUCGUUAUGGGUCAAACAACAACAACAACUCCAUCAAAUUCCAAAGAGUAGAUUCCAUUCCCGAAGUCAAAGAAAUCUUUAACCUUGCUUUUGAAACUCUCUUUUUCCUCAUUUGCAUCUAUGAAGCUCCGGCUGACCUCCGAUCAGACUGUCUAAACACUAUGAAAAACAACUUGGCCAAGUGCCAAUCAAGAAGAGCAACCAAGUUGCUCAUGAAACUUCUGGGGUCUAACUUAGAGGAGAAGUGGAUGCGGUCCAUAAACCUUGCCGUCACCAACUGGAUAUCGGAGGUGCAAUCCACACGCCGCGGCAGCUCCCUCAAAACACCGUCGCCACUCUUCUCUUACGCCAUUUCGACGUUGGGGUUAUGGAAAGUUCAACUGUACUGUCCUCUCAUCGCCAUGAAUCUCGAGAGCUCGAGUAGUAAUAGCGUUCCUUCGGCUGAUGAAAAGCUUCAAUUCUCUCUGGAUUACCACCAGCUCGAAGGUGUCAUUCAGUUCAACUACAGAGUCAUACCUCAAGAGACUUGGGUUGGUAUCAUGGUUAAUAUUGACAACAUAAGAUGUGAUGUGAUCAAGCUUGUGAGCGAGACUCUAAUGGCGGAACGAGGAGUUGGGUCAACAGAAAAGCACUUCCCUUCUCGAAUAUCUUUACAACUAACCCCAAUUCAGCAUAACAACAUACUGAGCGUUUCGGUGAGCAAAUCCUCUGAAAACCCAGCAAGAGAAAUUGGGAUAGAGAGAAGCAUAGAAGCCGGAUUCGAGCCCCCAAACUCUUACUUGGGUCUCAAGGUAUCAGCUGGAGAGACAAUGACGAUGACCCUGAAGCCAUGGAAGUUCGAGCAAUCAGUGUACGGUAACAGUGGAAACUUGAACUGGUACCUCCAUGAUAGUGUGGACGGAAGAGAGGUAUUUUCCUCGAAACCGUCCAAGUUUGCUUUGAUAAACCCAAAAGCGUGGUUCAAACACAGAUACUCAAGCGCCUACCGGCCAUUUACAAGGCAAGGAGGAGUGGUUUUCGCGGGCGAUGAGUACGGGGAGAGCGUGUUGUGGAAAGUGGACAAGGCUGCCAUGGGAAAGACGAUGGAGUGGGAAAUCAGAGGGUGGAUUUGGUUAACUUAUUGGCCUAAUAAGUAUAGAACAUUUUAUAAUGAGACUAGGAGGUUGGAGUUUAGGGAAAUUGUUGGUCUACCAAUUUCUUAGAAACUAUCACUAAUCUUUCUUUUAUUUGUUUGGAUUGAUGCCCAUGUAUUUUGUAAAUCUAAUUUCUUAACAACUUUUAGUUGGAUUUUAGAUUUUUCGAAUUAAGUUUCUUAUAAAAAAAAUUAAAAUUAUAACUUUGGUUGAA